AUUCCUCGUCAUAAAAAUUGUUGUUAAUCGCUGCAAGUUUUCUCUGAUUUAUCGCGAUCACGCGAGUUUUUUACUGAUCGUCUAUCAGCGAGUUAGUUGUGUUAUCCACGACACGACGUCCUAAUUUCUCGCGCGUAGGCGUUUCCGUCGUCGCGUUAUUGAUUCGAAUGCGCAAAACACUGAGUGGCGUUCUCAGAAUCGCGGACAUCGUUCGUCGCGUGAGAAAAGUGCUUCUGGCUAUCCUAUAUUCCUAUAUUCAUAGGAGUCUGACGUGGUCGUUUUAGGUCUGGAGAAAAAGCUGCACUGCCAGGUGAAGCCCGGAAGACAUGGUCGGACCCAACGUUUCCUUGUGACUAACCGUUCCGGAGGGUGGAACGAUCGCCGCGCAAGGGGCAUCCUUCAGAACGCCUUCCGAACACGAGCGUACAAAUACAGAACUCGCGACGCUGUGCAAGCCUCGUGUAUUCUUACAGGUGUAUCCUGUGAGCCCUGUAGCAGGGCCUGGUGCAGCACGAUCCGUAUGGGAACUAAGCCCAGAUCCCGACAUGGUCGGGCAUCUACCGAACAAUCCGAUAUCCGGUCACCAGAAUCAUGGUUCAGGCAAAGACACACGACAGAGAAAUCGUCCUGACGACAAUAUUUAUGCGGACGAGGCCACCACCGGUCAAAGUCCCACUGAUGAGACCAAACAAAUUUUCGAAUUGCUCAGAGCUGGUGAAAUCGAAGCAGUGGAGGAACUAGUUGAGAAGAACGGAUUGAGUUUGCUCAGUGCGAGAGAUGAAUGGGGAUAUACACCUGCCCAUUGGGCUGCCUUAGAUGGCAAUAUUGAAGUCAUGAGGUAUUUGAUCGAACGAAGCGGACCCGUCGAUUUACCAUGUCUUGGCACGCAAGGACCUAGGCCGAUACACUGGGCCUGUCGGAAAGGCCAUAGUGCAAUAGUACAAUUAUUAUUGAAGGCGGGAGUGGCAGUCAAUGCAGCAGACUUUAAAGGCUUGACACCUCUGAUGACGGCCUGUAUGUUUGGCAAAUUUGCGACAGCUGCCUUCCUGUUAGGAUCCGGCGCGCAGGGACACUUGACGGAUAUAAACGGUGAUACCGCGUUGCACUGGGCUGCCUACAAAGGACACGCCGAGCUCAUCAAGUUGCUGAUGUAUAGCGGAGUGGAUCUACAGAAACCUGAUUAUUUCGGCUCGACACCGCUGCACCUGGCCUGCCUGUCUGGCAAUGUUAGUUGCGUUCGGAUCCUCUGCGAAAAGAGUAAGAUCGAACUUGAACCUCGCGACAAGAACGGCAAGACGCCGUUACAGUUGGCAAAGAGUCAUCGCCACUCGGAAAUUGUGCGUAUCUUGCAGGCGGAACAGAAACGCCGUGCCAGAUGGAUACCACCCAUCAACGAAUUAUGGGCGUUGUUAUUUGGUGGAGCGGGCAACAGUAAAGGACCGUUGCUAUUGUUUAUGAUAUCCGUACUGUUAUGGGGAUACCCGAUGUACCUGUUAAAGUGCAUUCCAUUAACGUGGAACCUCUUACGAGGUAGUCAUUAUUGUUUUAUUUACUGGAACAUCCUCAUGUGGAUCUCAUGGAUUGUAGCUAAUAGAAGGGACCCCGGUUAUGUGCCGCAGAACAGUGAUACUUAUUACAGGGCGAUAAAACAGAUUCCAUACUUUGACAAAUGGAAAAAGCGGAAUGUCUUAUUAUCGCGAUUGUGUCAUAGUUGUAGAUGUUUCAGGCCUCUACGAGCUAAACACUGCAGAAUCUGCAACAGAUGUGUUACAUAUUUUGACCAUCACUGUCCAUUUAUAUACAACUGCGUUGGCCUAAGAAACAGAAUGUGGUUCUUCCUGUUCGUUAUGUGCGUGGCGAUAAAUUGCUCUUUCACGUUAUAUUUUGCGUGUUACUGCAUCGCAAUUGAAGGAAUUCAACUCUUGUAUGUUCUCGGUGUAUUGGAAGCUCUCGUUUUUUGCGGACUUGGCUGGAUUCUGACGUGUACCUCGGUCCUACACGCAUGUAUGAAUUUGACUACCAACGAAAUGUUCAAUUAUAAAAGGUACUCAUAUUUGAGGGACAAGAGAGGCAAAUACUUGAAUCCCUUCAGUCGAGGGCCAGUGCUUAAUUUCAUUGAAUUUUUCCUCUGCCCACCGGAUCAUCAAACAAAUGAUCUUCAACAUUAUCAUAUUCUUUCGGAGGAUGUCAUAUAAGAUUUAUAAGAAAUGUCACAUAAGAUUAUAAAAACAAAUGAAUCUUUUCGAAUUAUCUAUUUUAUGCACUUUCUCGCACAGAAAAGCGCGAUCACCAGGUGUACAAUGAUAUAUUAUUUUUUCAAAUUAUAUACGUGUACAUUUGCACAUAAAACAAUAUAUUAUUACCAUUUACAAAUUAUCAAAUUUCAUUUAGUUUAUAUCGCGCGACAUCUUGCUGCCAGGACACAAACUUGCAAAUAUGUAGUAAAAAAUUUUAUAAGUUAAUUUCAAUAAAUACCUUGUAAAAUUGAA